AAACUUGAAAUACGUCGCGCGCCUGUACUUUUAGUCCCUCUACACUUUCCGUAUUUGAAGUGUAGCUGUCGUGUUAGCAGUUUGCUAUCCAUCACUAUUCCUUCCACUUCCUUAGGGCUAGGCGAUGUUUAUUUUCUUCGAAGGUUCUUGAUGAUGAGAGCAGUCAAAAUUCAGAUAAGAAGACACCGGUCAGACAUCAUAGGCUCAAAAUGAGUCUUCAUGCAUAGAAGUUUAAAUGGCUGAUCCUCAGUGAGCACAAUGAACAGAACCAGUCAGAAAGCAAAAAGGUCUGUAUGUGUGUGAGACUGGGCUUGUAUGAAGAGUUUAGGGCAUUCGGACAGGAGGACCUGAAUGCUGAUUCGACGGCUGAGGACAAAAUCGGAUCUGCUCGAUGAUGGGCCCUGUUCUGGUCUGGCUCCAGGAUGUGGCAGCUGUGACUCUACUGAGGGCCCGGCGUACUCUGCUGCGGGCUGCCAUUUUCUUCUGUGUGUUGGUGCUGCUGCUUUGGGUGUCGAUCUUUUUGUACGGCAGCUUCUACUACUCCUACAUGCCCACUGUCAGCUUCUCUACACCUGUGAACUACCACUACAGAAGUGAUUGUGUGUCUGCCAACUCAGUUCUCUGUUCCUUCCCAAUGGCUAACAUCUCUCUCCUAAAAAAUGGCAAAGAGCAGGUGUUGAUGUAUGGUCAGCCUUAUCGAUUCUCGCUCGAACUGGAGAUGCCGGAAUCACCCGUUAACGAGCAGCUCGGCAUGUUUAUGAUCACAAUGUCCUGCUACACCAAAGACGGAAAAACCGUGUCCACCGUGUCUCGCUCUGCCAUGCUGCAUUACCGCUCCAGUCUCCUGCAGAUCCUCAGUACCUUGGUGUUCUCACCAAUGCUGCUCACCGGCCUUUCAGAGCAGAAGCAGCUUAUAGAGGUGGAGCUCUUCUCUGACUACAAGUCGGACUCUUAUCAGCCCACCAUUGGGGCUGUGAUAGAGAUUCAGUCUAGGCGUGUGCAGAUCUACUCUGCCCAGCUUAGGAUCCACGCCUACUUCACUGGGAUCAGAUACCUCUUGUAUAAUUUCCCUCUAACAUCAGCAGUCAUAGGAGUUGCGAGUAACUUCACGUUCCUCAGUGUGAUUGUGCUGUUUAGUUAUCUGCAGUUCAUCUGGGGAGGAUUGUGGCCCCCAGAGCAGGUCAGAGUCCAGGUAAUGAUGGGGGACACAACACGUCUACAAAAGAGGAGAGAGGAAGCCCGGAGACGCAUGCGCACAACAGCUAGUGCACCAAACCUGAAGUACGAGAAGGACCAAGAUGCACCUGCAGACCAACCAGCAGAGACUGAGCAAACUGAAGGCGCUCUAGACACACUUGGUGCGAUUAGUUCACUUGGUGAAUCUUCACCAAAUGAAGAGAAUCAUCUUAAUGUUCCACAUGUACCAGAGAUCAAUACAAGUGAUGAUGCUGAGCUUGAGAAGAGAGCCACACAGGACACCAGCUUAAGGCAAAGACACGGUCCCUGGAUGCGUCUGUGAGUUCUCUUUUAGUGAAGGUCAACACGCUUGGAUACUUCCUCUUGAGUUACAUUAGUGACGUGUGUGUGUGUGUGUGUGUGUGCAUGCACAGACAAGCCAGAUCAUAACAGAUUUAAUGUGUGUGUACCAAUGUGUGUUACUGAUAAAAGCUUGUUUUACAGUUUACCUCACUGAGCUUUAACAUUCCCCUCAGCUCUCCAGCUAUGUCUGAAGCUCGCACUCCAAUUAGAUUUUCAUAGGACUAAUUAGUAAUGCUGAUGUAUAUACUGUAUUUAUAGCCAGUGCUUAUUGUUCUUCAUGCACACACCGCUUUAAAUGCACGUAAAUUCUUUUCUUUCACUUGUAAUGAAGGUAAACAGUUGCAGAUUCCACUAAUUUGGUUUUGAAUUCUGAACCAAACUUGCUGCUUUGAGGUCAGGAUUCAAAAGAGUCAUUUGUUAUAUUAUACUUUUAUGGCUUUGGGUAGGGCUGGGCGAUAUGACAACAAUAUCCUCUCGCGAUGCUUGAGGACAUUUCAACUAUACAUGAAACGUAUCACGAUAUAUAAUUUAGCUAACAAGCUGUCUUAAAAACAGUAGUAAAUUAAACUAGGGCUGCAACUAACGAUUAUUUUCAUAAUCGAUUAGUUGGUCGAUUUAAUUUUUUCCAGUUAAUCGAUUAAUCGGAUGGGGGGGGGCAAACUUUCAGUACCGUUUUUUUUUGUUUGUUUGUUUGUUUAUUUAAAAUAAAAUCCACAAACUGAGUGUUACAAGUAUAAACCUCAGACUAAAACUUUACACAACUGUUUGUCCAAUUAUAUAAGACUAAAAAGAACCCAGUACACACACACCAGAAUAUAUAUUAUUCAUUUAGGACUGUAGUUUAAUUCAGUGCUUUUUAUGCAUCCAUAAAAAUAAUGCAUAAAUACUUAUAUAUAUAUAUAUAUAAGCUUAUAUUAUAAUAGUAUUUAUGCAUUACUUUUUAUAAAAGGUAACGUUGACAUAAACAGUAAACUGAAGAAAGUCCUUGUCGGUGACUCUGGGUGUCUGCUAAAGCUAGCGGCGUCGCAUUACAUAUAUGACGUCAUGCGCCGUCGACUAGGAAGCGGCUUGUACUUCCGCUAGUAAAAAACCUGCUAGUGUUCCUUUUGAGCCGAUAUUACAUUUUCUAAAAUUCAUACACUAGACAGAAGCGUACACAGUGCAUAGUGUAAGUGCGUCAUUUGGGAUACAACUUUUACUCUACGAAGCUUGUUUUCGGAACAAGUAACACAAUAAUUAAACGCACCCCGUGCCGCACACAGACCAACUAAUCCAUAAUGAGAUUCGUUGACAACGAUUUUCAUAAUCGAUUAUUAUCGAUUUUAUCCAUUAGUUGUUGCAGCUCUAAAUUAAACAAAAAAACAUUAAACUUAGUUUGAUGAUACUUUUCUUUAAAGUCUACAAAGACAAUGAAGAUUAAGUAAAAAAAUGGUCAAAUCAGUGGAAUCCAUUCAGUACCGUUUAAUUUGUAAUUAUUGAAAAAAUGCAUCAUCAUACCAACAGUAUCUCAGAAAAGUGAUGAUCGAUAUCAUUUUUCAUGAUAUCGAUAUAUAUUGAUGUAUCGCCCAGCCCUUGCUUUGGGUUAUUGGUUUUAAUUUUGUUGUGUUAAAGUUAAAGUUGGUCAUAGGUCAAAGUAAUGUAUUCUGUGUGUUCAUGUAACACCAUUACUAGAAAGCAAAUGAGUAUUUGAACAAACCUUGGAAAUCUCCAUUGAGUUUGUUUACAAGUCCCAUCUGUCUGUAUCAAGUGGUAAACAUUUGUUUGUUUGAGAUUUUAGGACUAAAAUGAGGGAUAUACUUUAGACAAGUAUACAGAUUUGUCUAAACAAAAAUAAGUAAAUGGUACCUUUUAUUUAUGACACCAUGUACCAUUUGAGGCUAAAAAAUGCACCCUAAAAACAGGAUUUUGAUACGAUGCGAAAGCUGUAAAGACUGUAAUACCAUGACAUGGGUAUCAGUUGUUCCAAAGAUUUUAGAAAUAUGUGUGGUGACCUGGGAAAAUCAGCAAACUGGCUGACAAACAGCCAAAAAAAUGCAGGGAAAAAAACCCCUAUAACAUACUGCUACUUUAAGAAAACAAAUAUACAGUCAGGUCCAUAAGAAUUUGGACAUCAACUCAAUUUUAAUAAUUUUGCCUCUGUAUACCACCACAGUGGAUUUGAAAUGAAGCAAUCAAAUGUGAUUGAAGUGUAGACUUUCAGCUUUAAUAUUUGUUAAAGGGGUUUAAAAAAAAAUAACCAUUUAGGAAUUAAAGCGAUUUUUACAGGCUCAAAAGUAAUUGGACAAACUAACAAUCAUAAAUAUAAGGAUUAUUUUUAAUACUUGGAUGCAAAUCGGGCGCACGGUGGCUUAGUGGUUAGCACGUUCGCCUCACACCUCCAGGGUCUGGGCUUCGCUGGGGCCCUGUGUGGGCGGAGUUUGCAUGUUCUCCCCGUGCUGUGGGAGUUACCUCUGGGUACUCCGGAUUCCUCCCCCAGUCCAAAGACAUGCAUGGUAGGCUGAUUGGCGUGUCUAAAGUGUCCGUAGUAUAUGAAUGGGUGUGUGAGUGUGUAUGUGAUUGUGCCUUGUGAUGGACUGGCACCCUGUCCAGGGUGUACCCCGCCUUGUGCCCGAUGCUCCCUGGGAUAGGCUCCAGGUUCCCCCGCCACCCUGAAGAAGGAGUAAGCGGUAGAAGAUGGAUGGAUGGAUGCAAAUCCUUUGCAGCCAAUGACUGCCUGAAACCUGGAAUCCAUGGAUAUGACUAAAUGCUGAGUUUCUUCUCUUGAGAUGCUUUGCCUCCUUCAGUUGCUGCUUGUUUGUGGGUCUUUUUGCCUUCAGUUUUGUCUUCAGUAAGUGAAAAUCAUACGGUCCGAUGACUUAUGUUGAAGUCAUCGGACAAUUAAGAACAUUUAAUUUAUUUGCCAUAAGAUGCCCUUGGGUUGCUUUGACUAUAUGUUUUGGGUCAUUAUCCAUCUGUACUGAGAAGUGCCAUCCUAUCAGUUUUGCAGCAUUUAACUGAAUCUGAGUAGACAGUAUAGCGCUAUACAUUUCAGAAUUCAUCCUGCCGUUUCUAUCAGUAGUCACAUCUUCAAUAAACACCAGUGACUCGGUUCCAUUGGCAACCAUACAUGCCCAUGCCAUAACACUUCUUCCACCAUGUUUGACAGAUUAUAUGGUAUGCUUUGGAUCAUGAGCCCAUCCUUUCCUUCUCCAUACUCUUCUCUUCCCCUCAUUCUGGUACAAGUUAAUCUAAACUUGCAUCAGAACUGAUUAGGCUUUUUUUUCUAAUCUGGUUAUGUGUACUAGCAAAACUAACUUCAGCCUACUCAAUUCAGUUGUAAAUGGCAAACAAAGUUGCACUGAUGAAAUGCUAAUAAAAACUGAGAAAUUUACCCAACAGAAUAAAUUAGUGAUUAUUUCAGCACAGAUGUAAUGAUGUGAACAGUGAUCAGUCAGGGCAAGAGUGACGUGAAGCUCCAGAUAAUCAAAUGCCAUGACUGAUAUAUACCUCAGUUGAUGUAACUAGCUCAUGAUCAAAGUGAUUACAUCAUACAUUAACAAGGGAGAGUUAAAUGAAACCUUAAAAAUGUGUCAUAAAUGAGAGAAACAGUGCCUUAUGUUUCUAGUUGAAAAAGAAAAAAAAUAUUCUACUGGUCCACUGUACUCAGUAGCUCCUUCUCCUGCUACCUUAAACCUGAUGCACUUUAAUGACACUGAUUUGCAGUAAACAAUGCAAAAACUGACACCCUCAUAUAAUCUUUCAUAAAGUGUCAAUCAUGUUUUUCCACAAAUAUAUCCAGUUACAAAUGUAGAAGUAGGCACGUUUUUGAUGAGCCCUUGGUAAAUAUGAGCAAAGAAGCCUGUGAAAAAAGCCGCCGACUUCUCUGGGCUUGGUCUCAUCUGAGAUGGACAGUAGCACAGUGGAAACGUGUUUUGUGGUCUGACGAGUCGACAUUUCAAAUAGUUUUUGGACAAAAAAGCCGUCGUGUUUUCCGGGCCAAAUAAGUAAAGGACAAGCUGUUAUCAGCGUCAGGUCCAAAAGUAGGCGUCUGUCAUGGUAUAGGGGUGUGUCAGUGCUCAUGACAUGGGUAACUUUCACAUCUGAUAGGGCACCAUUAGUACAGAAAGAUAUGUACACAUUUUAGAGCAACAUAUGCUGCCAUCCGGAGCAGGACAACGCCAAACCACAUUCUGUCAGGAUUACAAGCGCAUUGUUGCGCAAGAAGAGAGUGCAUGUUCUAGCAUGGCCUGCCUGCAGUCCUGACCUGUCUCUGACUGCGAAUGUGUGGCACAUUAUGAAGCGCAAAAUAAGGCAAUGAAGGCCCUGUACAGUUGUGCAGCUGAGAAAUGCAUAAUGGAAGAAUGGGGGGAAAUUCCUCUUGCUAAACUUAACCAACUGGUGUCUUCAGUGCCCCAACGCUCAGUAAGUGUUCUUAAAAGAAAAGGUGAUGUUACACAAUGGUAAACAGUCGACUGUCCCAACUUUUCUGGAGUGUGUUGCAGUCAUCAGGUUUUAAAUGAGUAUAUAUUUUCAAAAAUAAAUUAAAUUCACAAAGUAAAAUAUCAAAUAAUGUUUUAAUAGUGUGUUUUCAAUAUAGUACAGGGUGAAGUGAAUUUUUAAAUUAUUAUUUUUUCUUUAGUUUUUUUGCAUUUUCCAUGUUGUCUCAACUUUUUCGGAAUUGGGGUUGUAGAAAAUUCAGAAAUUCUGAGAAUCUGAAGGUUAUUUCCCAGGCUGCCACAUGUAUUAAAGCAUGCCUCUAAGAACUGAUUUUAAGCUUCUUGAUAAUUCAAACUAAUAUUUUUGUACCAAUAUACAACAUUUUGUGUUCAGUCUUAUGUUACAUGACUUCUAUAAUGUACUGUAUCAUAGUACAUUUUAUGUUGGCUUGGUGUAAUACAGAAGUGUUAAUAAGUGUACGCUAUUACCUUUUCAUGUUAUUUAUUUAAUAAAAUGUGGUUUCUUUGUA